AUGGUCGCCGCCCGCGCCCGCGACGGCGUGAUCGUCGUCACCUUCGGAAACUACGCCUUCCUCGACUUCAUCCUCACCUGGGUGCGCCACCUCACCGACCUCGGCGUCGACAGCCUCCUCGUCGGCGCCAUGGACACCAAGCUGCUCCGGGAGCUCUACUUACGGGGCGUGCCCGUCUUCGACAUGGGCAGCAGGAUGGCCACCGAGGACGCCGGGUGGGGCUCCCCCACCUUCCACAAGAUGGGCAGGGAGAAGGUGCUGCUCAUCAACGCGCUCCUGCCUUUCGGGUACGAGCUGCUCAUGUGCGACACGGACAUGGUGUGGCUCAAGAACCCAUUGCCCUACCUCGCCCGAUACCCCGACGCGGAUCUCCUCACGUCCAGCGAUCAGGUCAUACCCACCGUCACCGACGACAGCCUGGAGAACUGGAGGGAAGUUACUGGUGCAUUCAACAUUGGUAUUUUCCAUUGGCGACCCACUGAACCUGCUAAAAGGCUGGCAAAAGAUUGGAAAGAUUUAGUCAUAUCUGAUGAUAAGUUGUGGGACCAGAAUGCUUUUAAUGAUCUUGUACGCAAAAAAUUUGGACAGCCAGUUCAAGGAGGUGAUCUGGUAUAUUCUUAUGAUGGGAAACUGAAGCUGGGAGUACUACCGGCAAGUAUAUUUUGCAGCGGCCAUACAUAUUUUGUGCAGGGCAUGUAUAAGCAGCUUCAUUUGGAACCAUAUGCAGUUCAUACUACUUUUCAGUAUGCGGGUACUGAAGGAAAGCGCCAUAGAUUGCGAGAGGCAAUGCUUUUCUUUGAUCAACCAUCUUAUUAUGAUUCUCCAGGAGGUUUCCUGUCAUUUAAACCUAACAUUCCAAAAAGUUUGCUAUUAGACGGUGCUCAUACUGUUGAAUCUCAUUUUGAGUUGGUUAAUUAUCAGCUGAAGCAAAUAAGAACCGCACUUGCAGUCGCGUCCUUGUUAAAGCGGACACUGGUAAUGCCUCCAUUAUGGUGCAGGCUUGAUAGAAUGUGGUUUGGACAUCCUGGAAUUUUAGAAGGAACUAUGACCAGACAACCUUUUCUCUGCCCGAUGGAUCAUGUGUUUGAGGUUCAUGUUAUGCUAAAGGACUUGCCCAAGGAAGAGUUUGGUCCACAUAUUGAUUUCAGAGAGUACUCCUUUCUUGAGAAUCCAUCAUUACCUAAAGAGGUGAAAGAUUUGUUACUCGAUGUUCAACUCUGUGAUGAGCAUAGCUCCAGAUGCUCUGGAGUUGAUGAAACCGAUAAGCACAGAUCCUUUCUUUUACCAAGAAAUAGUACUGAAGAAAAGCUGUUGGAUUUGUUGUCACCAUAUAAGGAUGUCAAAAUCAUACAAUUCUCAUCUAUGGUUGAUGCCUUCGGUGGUUUUGCUGAUGCAGUGAUCCUAAAUUCCAUCACUGACAUCUCAGGAGUAAUUCCAGAUAGCAUUGGGAAGCUGGAGAACCUGACGGAGCUACACCUGGACAACAAUAACCUGUCGGGCCUUGUUCCAUCAUCAGGGGGGAAUCUCACCAGGCUCCUUAAGCUAUCGGCGAGCAGCAACAACCUGGGAGGAUCGAUCCCAAGGAGUCUUGGAAAGCUUAGCGACCUCAUCAGUCUUGAUUUUUCAAGCAAUUACCUGAACGGUUCGAUUCCUGAAGAAAUAUUCCAGCUGCAGUCUCUUUCGUUGCUCCUGGACUUGUCACACAACUCCCUCUCCGGACCACUUCCUUUCGACGUUGGAAGAUUGGCUAACCUCAACACGUUGAGCUUGUCAGGAAACCAGUUGUCUGGCCAGAUACCGACAACCAUCAGGAAUUGCAUAGUUCUGGAGGUACUCUUACUGGACUGUAACUCGUUCCAGGGAAGCAUACCUCAGGCUCUAGGUGACAUCAAGGGUCUCCGCGUGUUGAACCUGACCAUGAACAGUUUCUCUGGUGUGAUCCCUGAUGCCCUUGGUGACAUUCACAGCCUGCAGCAGCUGUAUCUAGCACACAACAACUUGUCCGGGCUGAUCCCAACUGAUCUGCAGAAUAUGACAUCACUGUUUAAUCUGGAUUUGUCCUUCAAUGAUCUGCAAGGUGAAGUGCCGAAAGGAGGUUUCUUUAGAAACUUGUCUUACUUAUCGAUUGCAGGAAACAAAAACCUUUGUGGUGGAAUACCUCAGCUUCGCUUAGAUCCAUGCCCCACGUCCGUUGUGAGAAAGAACAACAAGAGUAAGAGGUGGUUGAAGUAUGUUAAAAUAGCUCUGGCGGCAACAACGGGUGCGCUCCUGUUCUUAGCAUUAUUAACUGCAAUUAUUCAGUUGAUCUACAAAAACUCUAAGCAAAGACAGAAGAGAAGCCAUCCCCUAGCCCCAGUAACCGGAGAACAAUACGAAAGGGUUUCUUACCAGGAACUGUCAGACGGAACAAAGGGAUUUUCAGAUGCCAAUCUGCUUGGAAAAGGCAGCUAUGGCACAGUCUACAAAUGCGCUUUCAUUGGUGAGGGAACUAUUUGGUACUCGAGUUUAUGCCCAACGAGUACGGGGAAGGCUGUGGCGUCUCCAUCCUCGGUGACGUUUACAGCCUAG